CCACUGACAAGUAAUAUCUCACUGAAAGACAUCAUCUCCACAAGUGUGCUGAUCAGUUCAGGACCUCCUGCUGUCUACCAGCUGAGACCAAAGAAACAGAAGUUUGGAACUCUGACGAGAAUGACUGUUGGAGAAAAAAAUCCAGGGAAGACAAAUAAAACCAUCUUACUUGUGGGAGAAACAAGAGCAGGAAAAUCUACUCUGAUCAACGCUCUGCUCAACUACUCCAUGGGAGUGAAGUGGGAGGAUGAAGUCUGGUUUCAGAUCAUAGAGGAGGAGGACAGAAGUCAGACAGAAACUCAGACAUCAGAUGUGAUCGUGUACGAGAUCUUUGGUUUUGAAGACAAAACUCUGCCCUACUCUCUGACCAUCAUCGAUACUCCUGGAUAUGGAGACACCAGAGGGAUCGGACAUGAUGACAUCAUCAGUCACAGAUUGUUGGACUUGUUUGGAUCACAUGAUGGAGUCCGUGAAAUAGCUAGGUUUCAUUUGACGUAG